ACAUUAGGUUAAACUCUCAGUGUCUUUCCCGAACCCGGCUAAGGAGCAUCAUUUACAACCUUGCAACGGGACGGUGUGGUCUAGUGUUUUCUGUUCAAGGUUUUGUGUGAAAUUUGGGUGUUUGAUUUAUUAACCAUGUGGUAUUCAGUGAAAUGGGUGUUUGAAGUGCUUAGCUUUCUUCAUGUUAUAUCGCAAACCCUUAGUUUAGAUAAUCGUUUGUCAUGUGGCUUACCUAAAGUGAAGUCUUCAUACAUUUUCCAAAAUGGCAUUGACGCUAAGGCCGGUGAUUGGCCGUGGCAUGCCGAUAUUUUCUAUCUCAACGCCGCAAGAACGGAUUACGCCUGCGCUGGUUCAAUCCUGGACGAGAAUACUAUUCUCACAGGUACAUUGAUGACUGUGACACCAGCUGUAGCUCCAUAACUCACGUGGCAUAACUGUUAACGGUUUUUUUUAUUCUCAAGCAUCUCAUUGCAUGUAUACUCUGAGCGGUAUGGUCUCUCCGACUCGUGUGUCAGUACACGUGGGACGGAUCCGUCUUCACGAGGCAAGCGAAUACACACAAAUGCACGGUGUGCGAGACAUAAUACUUCAUCCAGGGUUUAGUAGCUACAGCUACCGUAAUGACAUUGCUCUGAUCAAGCUGAGCUCUAACAUAACGAUGACAAAGUACGUACAGCCCAUCUGUCUGUGGACCAUGGACAGCAAGCUGGAUACGAUUAUAGACGGCACUGGAUUUGUCGCUGGAUUUGGUCUGAACGAGCAGGAUGUUGUAUCGGAUCAGCUAAAACAAGCUACGAUUAAAGUGGUGGAUCCGUUCACCUGUAUAGAAAGUGAUCGCCCAGCAUAUAGCCCCCACGUAACAUUCAAUAUGUUUUGUGGAAAAGGAAAUCCGGUUGCGGGUGCGUGCUACGGAGAUAGAGGCGGAGGUUUGUUCUUGGAAGUUGGGGGCAGAUGGUUCGUAAGGGGCUUGCAUUCGUUUACCCCAAUGCGUGGAAAUACCGGACUGUGCGACCCGCAGAAGCCCACCGCUUAUACCGAUGUGGCCAAGUAUCUGGACUGGAUUUCGCAGUACAUUGACCAACGAGUGCUGCACUACGAAAGGGAUAUAGACCAUGCAGAAAGGCUUAGAUUGUUCAACUUCCAAACGUGCGGUGUGAAAUCAUCUACUUUUGUAAAGGGUGGUCUGAGAUGGACAGUGCCUUGGAUCGGAUUUGUCAGAGCACCGAAUGAAUUCAAAUCCAGAUGUGUUGUCACACUCAUAACCGAGUGGUAUGCAGUUGGACCUGCACCUUGUUUCCAGUACGACGGCGUUGAACUCUUUGUUGUGUUAGGUAGCAACAACGAACACUCGAAAUCAGAAUGUUAUGAUCGCAAUCGGGCUAUUACAUGCACGCAAGCAUCACAAAUAAGAAAAAUUCAAAGAGAGAUCCUACACCCAAAGAUUGAUCGUAGGAAUUUUGCGGAAAGUAUCUCGCUGAUCGAAUUGCAGAGCCCGGCGGACAUCAGCCAGCCGAACGUGAAGCCUAUCUGCCUGCCUGUGACGCCCGAGCUUAAAACGAACGCAAAAACAAACCUACACUUGGCGGCCAGUUCAAGGACAGAUAAUUCUUUCAAAACUUUUCCCGUCCGCUAUGUGGAGUCGGACGAGUGUACGAGACAGUACGCCGAACGUAAGGUUUUGCUAGAUCUCGAAAAUAAUAAAUUUUGUGCAGAGCUUGCAAACAAGCAGGAUGAGCAGUAUUGCAUUGCACUGAUACAGGGAGCGCCACUCCAGGAAAUGAAGCUGUUCAAUGGUACGGAGCGGUACUUUCUGCGGGGACUCGAGUUGCGAGGAUUUGGUUGUUUUUCACAGCCAUCGCCUGUUUAUAACAAUAUCGAAAGCUAUCUUGACUGGAUACUGUACAGCAUGAGGUACAACGAACCGAUAGAGAUCGCUGAAGAGGAAAGUAAGCCAGAAAACGAAACGUUACAAUCAAAAUGGACAAGACUGCAGCAGGAGCCAGGGAAUGAAAAGCUUCGGCUCUUCAAUAUGAGCUCGUGUGGUAUACCGCACAUCCCAAAUGCUGAAAACAGUUCCGUCUUCGUCAAUCCCUGGAUGGUGACAGUACUUGGCUUGGAGUAUAGCAUGAAUGAGGACAUGCAAAUACAAAUCAAUAAUGUCGGUGUACUGAUAAGCGAAUGGUACUUUCUGAUAAAUGCCCAUUUAGUGUCACAGAAAGCAUGGGGGAGAGAAGUUUAUUUGGGUUUAUACUAUCUUGCCCUACAAAGCGAAUGUGUCGGUGACUCUUGCAAACGUCCUGUUAGGGUUAGCAUACAGAGCAUUACGAUACAUCCUAACUAUGCUCAAGACCCUCUUAAUCAUAAUAUCGCUCUAGUCGAACUUGCCGAGCCGGCAAACCUUCACAAUCCAGACAUAAGACCUAUUUGCAUGCCAUUCUUCAAAGAACUGCAAAACAAUAAACCGCUUGAGCUGAUUGUUUCAUAUACAAAUAAUGUAGAAGGCGUAACCAGCAAAAACCUACCAGCACUCAACCCGUUCACUUGCCAACGGAAAUUGGAACAGAGAGGAAUCUUUACGUCGACGAAAACCGUGCCCUGGUGUGUAAUCGAUGAGGACAGGGAAGGACAAUCGCAGCUACUAAAUGGAGGGGCAACACUGCAAGGUUUAAUGAAGUUCGAUCAGUAUGUUAGAUAUUUUUUGAGAGGGAUUAAUUUGCCCAACAAUAUACCGUACAGGCUACCUGAACACCUGCAACUGUUCACCAAUGUCGAUCGAUUUCUCGACUGGAUUGUGGACAACAUGGAGUUUAAGGAGUAUAAAGCAUCGCCGAAGACCGAACUCUUCAAAGUUACAGAAAAACGAAUCAAUUUGCGACCAAUACAGGGCGCUUCCCGCAGGAGAUUAUUCAAUUUCAGCAAUUGUGGAAUCAAGCCACUCAAGAAUGAGUCGUCCAGUAGUUAUCCAAUUAUCCCGUGGAUGGGGUAUUUAACAUCAAAUAUAACCUCCAACAUGCCUAGCAAAUGUGCAGUUACGCUAAUCAGUGAAUGGUACGCCGUGGGCUUGACAGGUUGUUAUAAUGGCGAUAGCCUACAAUACUCGAUCCUGUUUGGUGUCAAUAGCGUCACAACCCAUACAGACUGCAUUGAUGUAGCGACUGGAUGUGGUGCCCCUACACAACGAAUUCCAGUGCGCAAGGUCAUCACCCAUCCACAGUACGAUAGAAUUGACCAUAGGAACGACAUUGCGUUGAUUCAGUUUGCAAGAGCUGUGGAUACAUCUCAACCAAAUGUCAAACCAAUCUGCCUUCCAGUGUUGGAUGAAGUACGUAGCUUUGAUAUAUCCAGCUUAGUGCAAGUCAGGCAAAAUAUAGACGACACUAAGUUCGAAUUAUCUAAAGCAGGUAAUAGGUACGUUGAAUCGACUGAAUGUCAACAGCGUUGGGAUAGUUUGGCAGUCAAACUCCCCAUCGAAAACAGAAAGAUGUGUAUUUUGUUUGAAAUAGCGCCCAACAAUGAGUGUUUCGAUCUACUGAUCGGUUCAUCACUGCAGACAACUCAAGUAGUCGGUUCGAACGAAAGACAUUUUCUACGCGGUAUCCUUGCGAUCAAGCCGAAUUUAUGUACACUAUACUUUCCACUAUUAUAUACCGAUAUAGAUAAUCAUUUGAAUUGGAUAUUGAAUAAUAUGGAAGAACAGAAAAAAGUUUUCAAUCCAUUUGGAUUGCCAUACGAUUUGAGGGAAAAACUAAUUUUCUAUUGAAUACGUUAUCAAUUUUAAGACAAAUAGUCUGAAAACAAUUGUUAACGUAAACAACUUUUUAUUAUAAUGUAUGAUAAGCAAUUAAAAUACAAAAGAUGAAACACAUCACACACUUAUGAAUCAGAAAAAAGGAAAUUCUAACCGCGAAUGGCAACAAACCUAAUAAUAUCGUGAAUAUCGUAUAUCCCAUUAACGAACCUUUGGAAGAGAGCAAGCGUAAUAUUAAUAUUAGAAUUAAUGAACAAGGAACUGUUUAGCAAUGUCAAGAUCAUAAUGAAAAAACCCCUUUCCCUCUGUCGUGCCUCGUGUAUGGUGUAGGGGCAGACAACGAAAGAAUUCACAUUGAAUUGAUUGUUAGUGAUUUACUAUUCAUAUAUUACCGUGAUUCCAUGGACUCGAAUUAAGUGUUAAAUAACCAAACGGACGUAGUUACGCCAGAUUAAAUACGCGCUUCCCAUUUACAACCAAUCAUCAUCAUCAUCAUCUUCAAACAAAUACCAACCAAUUUGGCGAUCUUUGUGUAGUUACACUUCAUCUAAGCUUCAUGAGAUUCAACACAUAAAAGAAACAUCACUUAAAUGCCACUAGUUGGAUGGUUGUGCGUAACAUUAGACAUCUGUUUGAACACUGAAAAGCUGUUUUGGUGACGAAUGUUUCACUUAGUUGAUUAAUAUCAAUGCCUACGCUGCAAACGACUUGCUAGUCGGAAUGUUGUUAACACACAUGAUGUUGCUUACAUGCUAUCAACCACAUGCGAUCGUACCGGUUUUGCUCGCUCUUCAUGCGGAAGCUUUUUAAUUUGCAUAACAUGAUUUUGCUGUACGCGAUGAAGAUUCAAAGAUCCGAAUUUUUGUCUCGAUUGGAACCAGUUUAGGCUAUUUACCAAAUUCAACAUCCACCGAAUAUAAUGAGAAAAUUAUUUUAUUCUUUUGUCUACUUCAUCGAUCAUCACCAAAGGCGAUCGCUAGCAUUCUUGAUACGGCACAGUGUGAUCUAGUGCCAUUUAUAAACGCUUCAAAUGGUACACUUAUAUUUGUGAGAAACAUUUCUGUUUUUUCCUAUUGUAUGCAUGUGGACACGAGGAACAUCAUUAAGCGUGCGGUAGACGUAAGGUGAAGUCAGAUUAGCUUAUCCUCAAUGGCGUUAAAGCCGAUCACUGGCCGUGGCAUUUAACAAUCUUUCAUCGUAACCAUCGACAGAAGCAGAAUACGAUUGCAGUGGAUCCAUACUAGAUGAGAAUACCAUUCUCACAGGAAUGUCAUAAAACAAAAUAUUCUAGAUUUUAGUUAAAUACAUAGUUUAUGUUGUUUUAUUAACUUUUUUCUAGCAUCCCAUUGCGUGCACACAAUUAAAGGGGCAAUAGUAUUGAACGUAUUUUAGAAACCUCAUCUCGAAAAUAAUAAUAAUAAAUAAGAAUUAAAUAAUAAAGCUUUAACAUACCUCAACAAGAAGUACGUAAUAUAUGGAAGGACCAUCAUUCAAUCUGCUUUGGGCUUUACCAGUUCACACUGAAUACUCGUUCAUUGCAUUUUUUCAUAGCCAGGAAAUGCUUUUGCAACGUUUCACUAAUACUUGUGUAGCUGAGAAAUGUGUU